AUGUCGCCGAGAAGACGUGUUCUCGCAGCUCUGCUGGCCGGAGUGACUUCCUCCUUCGCACUCGCUGCCCACGCCGAGGGCGAAACCGCAUGCCGCGCAGCUCUGGAAGAGGGCUUGGCCGUGGCCUUGGCGUACUCGGGUGCUCCGGUCUUGGCUCGCCCCUCAUGGCAUCAGCAGGAGCUCCUGCAGAUGUUUGAGGUCUCCGAGCAGCAGCUUUUGGGCUGUCAAGCCCUGGGCUUCGUCCCCUAUCGCUUCGGCCAUGCACUGCUUUGUGUGGUGCAAGCCUGCGAUGCAGAGGACCUGGUGCGAGCCCUCGCGCUUCCGGCCUUCCUAGCCGCCAUGGGCGUGGAGAUUCCGGCUGAUCAGCAGGCCGAGAUGAUCAUCGGUCGAUUGGCCCACUGGAAGGAGAUGAAGGCGGACUUCGUGGUGGCGGGCUUCGAGAGCGGCGGCACCACCAGCUUAGUUCAUCACCUGCAGACCAUCCCGGAUAUCUACAUGAUGCCCUUUGAGUUUUCAGAUUGGGCGCGUGACUUCACUCGUCCGCGUGACUUGCCGGUGCCGGAAUGCGAGACGCUGGUCAGUUACUGGCCCGCCUUCAUGAGCUUUGCCUUUUGGCCCGCGGCCGAGACUGUGGAACGCUUCAACCAGCAAGCCUCACGUUGCGGGUGGCAGAAACGCAUCGGCGUCUGGGACUCGCGCUAUGCGACGCACCCCAUCGCGGUGCGGAAGAUCCAGGCGCUGCUGGCGGACAAAGCUUCUGCUCGGGUGAUCCUCUGCUUCCGCGAUCCCAUCCGCUAUGUGGUGUCGACCUUCAACCGCUUGAGCCCGGAGCACCCGGGUGGAAGGAGCUUGUUGGCGCUAGUGGAAGGGGAGGAAGGCGAUCCGGACCCCUUCGGGCUGAAAGGGAACUACACCUUGCUGAUGCGAGACAUGGCAAGAGCAGUUGGCUGGGAGCGCCUACACAUGCAGCCCUUUGAUUUGCUCCUGGGCGGCUACACAUCGGUUUGGAGUGGACGUAUUGGUCAGACAGUCCUCGAAACGAAUGAUCCUGGAAUGUAG